AUGAGUGAUAAAGGUGAAGGAGAUAAGGAUAAUAUGAACAAAAAUGGUAAUGUGUAUGACAUGAUGGAUAAUGAAAAAAAUGAAGAGGUAAAUUAUAUAAUAAAUGAAGUGGACUCUUCUAAUGAUUGUAAAAAUGAACUUAUCAAAAUGAACUAUGAUAAUAAUAAUAAUGAUAAUAAUAAUAAUAAUAAUAAUAAUAAUAAUGAUAUAUCGUAUAAUGUGUUAAAUUCCAAUAGUGUUGAUACAAAAAAUAUGGAGAAUAGUUGUAAGAAUUAUGUAUAUGAUAAAGAUAUUGAAAAUAGAGAUACUUAUGAUAAUAGUAAUAAUAAGUCAAAUAAAUCUGAUGAUGUAGAUAAUAAGACAGGUGAUAUAUCGAUGAAUAAAAAUAAACUUGUAAACACGAAUAUAUAUAAUAGUGAAGAAAAUAUAUAUCCUUGCACGUAUAAUACUGUUGUUGAAAAUAACGCAUAUUUGAAAAACAUAGAUAUUAUUAAUACUAUUGAAAAUGUUGAGGAUAAUAAUAUGAAAAAUGAUGUAUGUAAUGAAAAUAAUAAUAUCAUUAAUAAUUUAUAUGUUGAUAAUGAUAAUUGGGAGAAGAAAAAUUAUGUAGGAUUGACUGAGAAGUUGAAUUGUCUUAAACUUGAGAAGACUAAUGAAAUUCUGGAAUUCAACAAAACGUUGGAUACGUCUAAGGAUACACAAGAUAUAAAUGUUGUUAAUGAAAAAUUAAGUGUUGAAUCAAAUAAAAAUAAUGUAAUUAGUAAUAUGAACAAUAUUGAUAGUAUUGAUAAUAUCAACAAAAUGGAUAAUAUUGAUUGUAUUGAUAAUAUGAACAAUAUUGAAAAACAGUCAAGAAAGAGAAAGAAAAAUAAAUUGUCAGAUAAGAAAAACUUAUUAAAUAAUGAAGAAUAUGAUAAUAAAGAAAAUUAUGAUAAUCUUCAUGUUGGAAAUAAUUAUAUAAAUACAAAGGAUGAAAUUAAUAAAGUUAUUCAAAAUAUAAAUUUAUUAAAAGCACUUAAUACAAAUGAUCAGAAAGUUAAUGAACUAAAUAUGGAUAUAUUAAACAAAUCUAAUGAACAUAAUGAUAAUAAUGAAAUAUCAAAACAACUUUUAGAUAAUAUCAUAUUACUAAAUUCUCUAAGUAAAUAUAUGAACAAGGAUGAUAUAAAUAAACAAGCCAAAGAAAAAAUGAAAAAUCGAAUUUCAAAAAAAAAAAUGACUCUUGAAGGUACACAAUUAUGUAAAAUAAAUAAAGAACAAAAUGAUAAUAUGCUAAAUGAAAAUAAUAAUAUAGAUGAUGAUAAUAAUGAUCAACAUUCUAAAUUAUCUGAUUAUGAUAAUAAUAUGAUGAAUCCUCAUGGUGUAUUAAAUAAUUCGUCUGGAGAAAUAAUAUCUUCAAAUUGUAGCAAUCAUUUGAAUUACAACAAUAAUGAUAACAAUAAUGAUAACAAUAAUAAUAAUAAUAUUAUUAUUAAUAAAGAUGUUUGUAAUAAUAAGAAGAAUAAAAAAAAUUCGAAGAAGCAAACAAUUCUUUGUGCAAAAAAUAAUAAAGGUAUUUUAGAAAAUGAAGAUAAUAAACAAUUAAAUGAUAUUAGAAAUAAAAUUUAUGAAUUAACCACAAAUAAUUAUAAUAGUCUUAAUGAAGCAAAUAAUGAAAAUUUACAAAAAAAGAUUCUUUUAGCAAGUGGAUUAUUAUCCUCUACAGAUAUCAUGAAUCCAACUGAUUCUGAAGCAAAUAAUCCAUUAUACAAUAAUUUUGAUAAGGACACCUUAUUAUUAAUUAAUCAAAUGAAAGAUGAGGAAAAACAUGUGUUGAGAAAUUAUUUAAUGAAUGAUGCUAAUAAUAAAAUAGGUAUGGGUACUCGCAUAGUGAGUAAAAGAAAAAAACAGGGAAGUAACCUAGUUAAUAGUAAUAAUAAUAUGAAUAACUUAAAUGAUUUGAACAACAAUUAUGAGAUGAAACAUAAUCGAGAAUAUGUUGGUGAUAAUAAUGUAACAACAUCAAAUGAUAACAUGAACAAUAAUAAUAAUAUCAAUAUUUCGAAAAAAAAAAAAAAAAUAAACAAUAUCAUGGAUGAUAAAACACAAGAUUUAUUGGAUUAUCAAAAUACUGCUAAUCUUCUGAAUAAUGUUCUGAACAAUAAUGAGAAAGAUGUUAGAAAUAUCAGCAUGAAUAUAUUAAAAAAUAAUAUUAACGCAUGUAAUAAUGAUGAAGAAAUAAUCAAAGCUUUAAUUAACAAUAUAGGUUAUAGUCAUGAACAUAAUAAUAAUAUUGUUGGUAAUGUUAAAAACAUAAUUAAUUUAAAUAGAGGUAAGGAUAAUUCCUUAAAUGAAUUUUCUAUAGUUAAUGAUUAUAUUGCUAAUAUAUAUGAAUGCGCUCAGAAGGAUUAUUUACAUAAUGAUAAGAAUAAUAAGAAUAAAAAUAAUAUACAUAUGGAUAAUCCUUUGGCUUCCAAUUUGAUUAAUAUAAAUCGUGAGGAGCAAAUGAAUUUUGUAAAUAGAUUAAAUAUGCUUAUGAAUGAAGCAGAUAUUAAUAAGAAAGGAUUAUUGGAAGCAUAUAUGAGAAAAUAUAGUAACAUCAACAUCAAUGGUAAUAAUAAUAUUAAUAAUAAUAGUAAUAAUAAUAACUUACAAUCAUUAAAUAAUCAGGAAAAUAUAUUAAACAAUGAACAGGAUAAUACAUCAUUGUCAUCACAAGAAAAAAAAUUAUCAUACAAUGAUAUGCUACUCAAUUUGAAAAAAAGAAAUGUGCUAGAAGAAUUUCCUUUUAAUUUUGUUAAACAAAAGGAUGAUUCUGCUAAAAACACGAUGAAUGAUUCCUCAGAUACACAAGUAGAUAUUCAUAUGGAUCAUGGAUUUAAAGAGGGAAAUAAGAAACAGGAAAAACUUAAUUCUUAUGUUCAGGAAAAGUUUAAUUAUGAAGUUGAAAAGGGUGAAAAUGUGCAAGGGGAAGAAGAAAAAUAUAAGCAGAAAUAUCUGACGAACGAAGAUAAAAAUGUUAAUGUUAAUAAUGAUGAUGAUGAUGAUAAUUAUAACAAUAGUAGUCGUAGUAAUCGUAAAAAUUGCGAUAAAAAUAAAAAAACAAAUGAUAAUAAUAUGUCGAGUGAAGAAAUUGAACAUAAUGAUGAAAAACACAAUGAAAAUUAUUUUAAAGAAUGGUAUAAGAAUAUUAGUGAUCAAGUGCGAAAAUUAUUAAUAGAGAGUGGUACAAAUAAAAAUGUAUUUACAGAAAAUGAAAAAAAUAAAUUAUUAUUAAAUAUUGCAAAAGAAUAUUUAUUAAAAAAUAAUGUAAAUGAGAAAAAAAAAAAAAAACACACAAAGAAUAAAAAUGAAUUAAAUUCAAAUGUUGAAAAUCAUAAUGUGUUUUCUGAUCAAUAUGAUGAUAUAAAUAAUGUACUUUUAAAUAUGCAAAAUGGAAAUAUAAAUGAUAUUACAAAUAAAAAUAUAAUGAAUUAUGAACAUAAUAGUACUUCAAUACAUCCUACCAUAGCAAGUACUCUUUUUGAUAUAAAUCAUGAAAACCCUAGAGAACAUAUUAAAAGUGAGUGCAGUACUAUUAAUAAUAAUUAUAAUAAUAAUAAUUAUAAUAAUAAUAAAAAUUAUUAUUUGGAUUAUAUUAAAAGAUUAACACAAAAUAAUAAUAACAAUGAAAAUCUUUUAAAUAUUUUUGAAAAUUCAAAAAAAUAUAAAAAAAAAAAUCUUUCGAAUACAUCUCUUAAUUCUUUAAAUAAUGAAAUCAAUGAAAUAAAUGAAAUAUUAAAUGAAAAAUUUGAAACCACUGAAUCUUUUGACAAAUAUGAAAAUUCACAACAGAACAUCAUGAAAAAUAAAUAUAACAGCAACAAUAUAAACAAUAAUAUUAAUAGUAAUAAUAAUAUUCAUAAUGAUGAGGAGGAAAGAAAUAUUUUGUGUAAUACAAACUACCAAGUGAAUAUAAAAAAUGAUGUAAAGGAAGAAAAGGUUAAAGAAAGAAAAGUCAGAAAAUCUCGAAAAAAUCAAAAUUUUGUUGAAGAUAAAAAAAAAAAAAAAAAUAAAGAUAAUAAUUUAAACAAUGGUGAUAGUAAUAAUACUCAUAAUAAAAAUAAUAACACAUAUGAUAAUAAUACACACGAUAAUAUAUAUUAUGAUCAAAUCAAAACUCUUCAAGAAUUACAUUAUCAAAAUGCAAUUGUCAAUAGUUUGAUGAAUGGAAACAAUAUUGAAGUGUGUAAUAUGAAUAAUAGUAAGGAUAUAUUUAAAAAGAAGAAAAAUGAAGAUAAUGAAUAUAUAAAUUAUAAAGAACAAAAUAAUGAUGAAAGAAAAAAAAAAAUGAAGGAUAAUAAUAAGGGUAAUAAAGUGGAUAAGAAAAAAAAAGAUGAAGAAUUUUUUAAUCAUAUUAAUGUAUUAAAGGUAAGAGAUAAUGACAUAUCACAUAGUAAUAAUAAUAAUGAUGAUGAUCAUGAUGAUAAUAAUAAUGAUAAUAAUAAUAAUAUUAUUAAUAAUAAUAAUGAUGACAAAUUUACACAUAACAUAAAUGUACUUAAUAAUAAUGAAGAAAAAAUAAAUAUACCAUAUAAACCAAAUGAACACAAAAUUAAUAUUAUGAUCGAUGAAUCUCAUUUCAGUGGAAAAGAAAAAGAGCUAUUUAUAAAAGGGAAAGAAACAUUAUUAUUGGAAGGCAUGAAUGAUGGUAAGUUAGAUGAUGAUAUUGAGAAUAUCGAUAUGACUAGAAAUAUAAAAAAAAUUAAUUUAUAUAAUAUAUAUAAUAAUAAAAAUGAUGAUAAAGAUAAUAUAUUAGAUAAUGAGAAUAGAGAAGGAUUAUAUUUAUGUGAUGUAAUGAAAAAUAGUAAUGAAUUAAAAAGAAUUAAUGAUAACUUUUUUAAAUUACAUUCUAAUUUGGCUAGUAAUUUAUUAAGUACAAGUACCAGUGGUAGUUUUGGAAAUGAUAAUUAUAAAAGUACACCUCUUAAUUUUGAUAUGAAUAAAUUACCAUCUAAUAAUACAUUUAAUAAUUUAUAUUAUAUGGAUGAAAAUAUUAUCACAAAUAAUAUAAAUGUCAUUCCAUUAGUAAAUAAAAAUUAUAGUGAUAUUUCUUCUUCAUACGAUAUUAAAAAAAAGAACCUACAUAAAAAUAAGAAGAAACAUAAAAACCAUAUCAAUGAUAAUAAUAUAAUAAAUGUCGAUUAUAAUAUGAAAGGUGCUGAUAAUAUUAAUAAUAUUAAUAGUAAUAUGAUUAAUGUAAAAAAUAUGAAUAGUAAUGAUGAGAAACCUACCACCAGCACAGAAAAUAUGUUCCCUAGUCACAGCACAAAUAUAAACGAUAGCAAUAUUGUUAAAGUAGUAGAUAGUCAUGAUUCUAUAAAUAAUCAUGAGGAAGGUUUAGUUAAUGCAUUAAACACCAUAAAAGCUGAUAAAAGCAAUGGAGAAAAUAGCUAUUCUAUUUUAGAUAGUAAUGAUGUAAUGAUUAAAAAACUUAUGCUUAAAAAUAACUUAUUAUUUGAACAUUUACAAAAAAAUGGUAAGUUCAAUAAGGAUGAAAAUAUUAAAAAUGCAUCACAAAGUUCCUUACAUAGUAAUAUAAUUCGUAACCUUACUUUAACAAAUAAUUUUCAGAAUGAUUAUUUUUAUAAUGGUGUUAAAAAUGGUUCUUUUAAUAAUGUAUUGAACAAGGAAAAAAAAAUGAUGAACAGCUACGAUGAACAACAACUUAAAGAAAAGAUAGCUAGUUUGAAAGAACAAAAUGAAAAUAUUCUAAACAAAAAAAUGUUAUUUAAAAAUAAAAGUUAUAGUGAUAAUGAUAACUUCUUAAGUUUUUAUUUAAAGAGAAAAGUAUCUUCCUUUUCGGAUUAUAAUAAAGAAUCAGAUAAUAAUUCAUAUCUAACUAAACAAAAGAGAAAAAGAAAAAAUGAAAAUAUAAAUUAUGAUAAGAAUAAAGAAUUUUUAGUUAACCGAACUAAUAGUUUAAAUAUUAAAAGAGUUAGAAGUGGUCCAUUAGAUAAUUCACAAAAUGUAUCACAGAGUAAUGUACAUACAUAUGGAACGGCAAAAGAAAUUAUAGAUGUAGAUGUGUUAGAUGAAAAUAUGAACAGUAAUAAUAGUUAUAAUAUUAAAGGAGGUGAUAAUAUAAUUAGUUCAAAUUUUACUGAUCCCUUAAAAUUUACAGAAACAUCUUUUGAUGUACAAAAAGAAAGUUUAAUUAAAGAAUCCAAUGAAAAUCAAACAGUUCUUAAAGAGAAAGAUGAAAAUUUAGUAGAUGUAAAAGAUGAUAAAACAAAUCAAAUGUCGAAUGUAACUACCAUCGGAACAUCCAAUUUAGCUGAAUCUACAACAAAAAAUGAAAUUGAUAUAAAAGUAUGUACAUUAAUAAAUUGCCCAACACAUAAUCCACAAAAUUAUGUAAAGAGUAAUGGUAAAAGAGGAGAGUCUUUAGGAGAUGGUAUGGAAUUAAAAGAAGAAAAUGAUGAUUUAAAAAGAAUUCCGGGAGUAUAUUAUGAUAAAAAUUCCCAAAGAUGGUUUGGUGAGCAUAAAAUAAAUGGUGUCAAAUGUGCACAAAGUUUUGCUGUUAAAAAACAUGGAUGUGAAGAAGCUAAACGUUUAGCUAUAGAAUGGAAAAAAGCAAGAAUUCGUGGAGAGGUAUGGGAUAGAUUUAUUAACAAGAAAAAAAAAAAUACAAAUAACAACAACAACAACAACAAUAAUAAUAAUAAUAACAAUAGUAAUAAUAACAGCAACAAUAAUAAUAAUAGUAGUAAUAAUAACAAUAAUAAUAAUAAUAAUAAUAGUGGAUCCAAUAGUAAUAACAAUUCAUUGAAAGGGUCUAAAUCUAAUAGACCAUCUGUUGAAGAGUUAAGAUUAAAAUAUUUAUCCAUGAGUAAAAAUAUGCCAAAAGUUAGAGGCGUGUGGUUUAAUUCUACCCCUCAAAGAAUGGGAUGGGUUGGUCAAGCAUAUAAAAAAUGUAAAAGAAUCGAAAGAAUUUUUUCUGUUAAUAAAUAUGGUUUUGAAGGAGCCAGAAAGUUAGCUAUUGCUUUUCGUAAUUCUCAAAAACCUGCCAAUGAAGAUAGUGAUGAUGAUAGUUGGUCAAAAGAAGAUAAAAUUAAUAUCAAAAAUUGUGAUGAAAAUUCAAAUAACUAUGAUUAUAAAAAUAACUUUUUAGUUUCUAUGAAUACAAUAAAAAAUAAUGGAAGCAAUAUAAUGAGUAAUGAUAAUAAUAUAAAUAAUCAUAGUAAUAAUAGUAAUGAUAAUAAUCAUCACAUGGAUAAUAAUUUAGAAGCACAAAUAGAAAAUAAUACAGAUAUGAUUAUGGAUAGUAAUAUGGAUAAUGAUAUUGAUAUGAAUAUAGAUAAAAAGAAUAUUAUUAAUAAACAUAAUAAUCAUGAUGAAAAUAAUAAAGAUAUGAGAAUUAAUUUAUGUAGAGAUGCUAUACUAUUCAUUUUACAUGAUCUUGAAACUAUAUUAGAAUUAAAUAUACCUAUGCUUAGUAAAAAUGUUAAUAUGUAUAAAUUAUGUAUAAAACAUCAUUUAAAUUAUUUAACCUUAAUAAAAAAUGAAGAACAAAUUAUACCUUAUCUAAAUGUAUUUGGUGAUUAUAUACAAAGAUGUAUUCUACCUACCGACCUCCCUUAUGCUGAAUUAUAUGUAUUAAUUGAUUCAUUAAUUCAUAAUGAAAUAUUACCAUCUUAUGAUCAUAAGGAAAAUUUCUGUGAAUAUGUAGCCGUCGAAGAUCCCGGAAUUAUAACACCCUCCAUGUUAUUAUAA